UUCUUCCGAUGCGAACAGAAUACCGCUGGCAACAGGCAAACUAGCCGGUCAGGAAAGUUACUCCCGAACUCCUUGAUUAAUAAAGAGACACACGUUAACUCAUCUGUCAUUUCCUACAGACAGGGGAGAAAUCCUUUUGUGUUUGCCGAUAAGUGGGAGGCGGUGAGUUUUUAGUUACUUGCGACUUCUUACAGCGCAAAGUUAUAGAGACUGGGCGGCGAGCAGACAAUUUCCCCUGGGAAAUAACCAGCACUGAAGGAAACGUGCAAAGGUGCUGCUCGUGGUCUGACCCUCCCCCCCACCCUCCUGGCUCCGGACUUCCCACAGAGCCGGCCCGGGGCUAAGGCGCUCGUUUAGCGAAGCCCGGCUUAUUACAGGGUCUUUCUCAUGCUCAGGAAGAUGGGGGCACUUACGCUGCGCCGUGCCUUCUAAUUUCCGCUCCUUAAGCUUGGGACGUCUGCUGUCUGCCGGCCACUCUGCAGCUCCGGGAUCCCACCUCAGGCCCAGACUGGCAGCGAUGGCCCUCACCUGCCAGGACCGUUUGGGAAUCUGCGGCCAUCCGUCUCUCUAGUUCUCACGGUGCACACUUGAAGGUGAUGAGAUAAGGGGUCCCGGGCAGGACCUGCUUGUACAAACACAGAUGGAUUUUUCCCAAGGCUGCCUGCUCAGCCUGAAUUUGUGAAGCCAGAUUUGUGUUUUGAGGCUGUUAUCUUCAAUCUGGAGUGCUUCUUAGGAUUUUCUUCUGCUCUUCUCCUGUUGGUAACCAUACAACAUUUGGGGAAAAGACCUUUCCGGACCUUUUUCAAUACCAGCCCUGGGCUGUUGGAUCUGUGGGGACUGAGCUAUGUCUGCAAAAAAGCCAGACCCCUCUUUGGCUGCCAAGGACUCCACAGAGAGCCAGGAUUCCCACUCUGUUGCUGUCAGCCUCUUCCAUGCCUUCUUUCUCUCUGCGAACUUCAUCGGCGUAGUGGAGAAAUGCAUGAACUCCAUGCAGACUGGGACCCAGAUGGUGAAGCUGCGUGGUGGGUCCAAGGGUCUGCUGCGCUACUUCUACCUGGACGAGCACAAGUCCUGCAUCCGGUGGCGCCCAUCCAGAAAGAACGAGAAAGCCAAAAUCUCGAUUGACUCCAUCCGGGAGGUUUGCGAGGGCAAGCAAUCGGAGAUCUUCCAGAGGUACGCCGAUGGCAGCUUCGACCCCAACUGCUGCUUCAGCAUUUACUAUGGGGAGCACAUGGAGUCUCUGGAUCUGGUGUCCACCAAUGGAGAAGAGGCACGGACCUGGAUUACCGGCCUCAAGUACCUGGUAGCGGGAAUCAGCGACGAGGACAGCCUGGCCAAGCGGCAGCGCACCCGUGACCAGUGGCUCAAGCAGACGUUCUCCGAGGCGGACAAAAACGGCGACGGCAGCCUGAGCAUCAGCGAGGUCCUUCAGCUCCUCCACAAGCUCAACGUCAACCUGCCCCGUCAGAAGGUCAAGCAGAUGUUCAAGGAGGCAGACACAGAUGAGAACCAAGGAACCCUUGGUUUUGAGGAGUUCUGCACCUUCUACAAGAUGAUGUCCACCCGCCGGGACCUCUAUCUUCUAAUGCUGACCUACAGCAAUCAUAAGGACCACAUGGACACCGGUGACCUGGCCCGCUUCCUGGAGAUCGAGCAGAAGAUGACUUCUGUCACAAAAGAACAUUGUUUGGAGAUCGUGAACAAGUUUGAGCCCUGUCCUGAGAACCAGGCCCAAGGGGUGCUGGGCAUAGACGGUUUCACUAAUUACAUGCGCAGCCCUGCCGGGGACAUAUUUAACCCGGAGCACAACGAGGUAAACCAGGACAUGACGCGACCGCUGUGCAAUUACUUCAUUGCCUCCUCGCACAACACCUACCUGAUGGGGGACCAGCUGAUGUCUCAGUCCCGGGUGGACAUGUAUUCCUGGGUGCUGCAGUCAGGCUGCCGAUGCGUAGAAGUCGACUGCUGGGAUGGUCAGGAUGGCGACCCCAUCGUGCACCACGGCUACACGCUGACCUCCAAAAUCCUCUUCAAAGAUGUGGUGGAAACCAUCAACAAAUAUGCAUUUGUUAAAAACCCAUACCCGGUGAUCCUGUCCAUCGAGAACCACUGCAGCGUUCCUCAGCAGAAGAAGAUGGCCCAAUAUCUGAUGGAGGUGCUGGGAGAUAAGCUGGACCUGUCUGACGUCAGCUUGGAUGAAUCGGGCCGCUUGCCCUCCCCUGAAAGCCUGAAAGAGAAGAUCCUUAUAAAGGGCAAGAAGCUGCCAGCAAACAUUGACGAGGAUGCAGAGGAGGGAGACGUGUCGGACGAGGACAGCGCCGAUGAGAUGGAGGACGACUGCAAGCUCAUGAACGGAGACAUGUCCGUAAACAGGAAGCAGGUUGAGAGUUUGGCAAAAAAGAAACUGGACACACUGAUGAAGGAGUCAAAGAUCCGCGACCGUGAAGACCCCGACAACUUCACCAUCACCUCUCUGCCCGCAGAAAAGAUUAGCCAGAAAGGAUCCCCCAAGGUCAAAGGUGAUGAAGGCACUGACACUGCUGAUGAGUCAACCCCCAACACCAAUAAGCGCGUGGGCAGAUCCUUCAUGGGAAGCUUCUCCAAACGGAAGAAAAAGGCCGCCAAGCUGAAGAAGACGUCCAGCCUGGAGGACACUGACACGGAUCAGGAGAGCUCCAGCAGCGCCUCGCGAGCACCAGGCCAUCACAGCAGGAAGAAGAAGACCAUGAAACUGUCACGGGCUCUGUCCGACCUGGUCAAGUACACCCAGUCUGUGGGCAUGCACGACAUCGAGACGCAAGGUGAGCGGCCGACGUGCUCCGAGAAGCAAGGUGCACAGAGUGAUACAGGGCGCCACCUAGGGGAGUGGCGAACUACCUGCAUGAGGAGGGACAUGAUCCCCCUCAUCCCCCAAAAGGGCAUUGUCCUGGAAGCUGUCCUGCUGUGGAGUCACAUGGCGGGACGGCCACGUCACCAAGGGCACGUCCCAGUCUCAGGGGAUAACAGAGCCUCCGUCACGCAGAUCAUUGACCCCUUCGUGGAGGUGGAGAUCAUCGGGCUCCCGGUGGACUGCAGCAAGGAGCAGACCAGGGUGGUGGACGACAACGGGUUCAACCCCAUGUGGGAAGAAACCCUUGUCUUCACACUCCAUAUGCCAGAGAUCGCACUGGUUCGCUUCCUGGUGUGGGACCACGACCCCAUUGGGCAGGACUUCAUUGGCCAGAGGACCAUAGCUUUUACCAGCAUGAUGUCAGGUUACCGCCAUGUCUACUUGGAGGGUAUGGAAGAAGCUUCAAUCUUUGUUCAUGUAGCAGUGAAUGACAUCACUGGUAAGGUCAGGCCAGUCAGCGGUAUAAAAGGGCUGUUUCACAGAAACCCAAAGCAAUCUUCCCUCGACAGCCAUGCUGCUGCUCAGCUCAGCCGUAAGUCAGCCUUCGGCGCCCACCUCCUGCGGCGGACUGCCAGCGAGCCCACCAAGGGCCAGGCCAAGGCCAAGAAAGGUUUCCCAGAGAUUUCCAUCAACACCAAAGACUGUAGCUCUGAGGGCACCAGCGAGGACCGGGACGCGGAGGACGGCUCCCGCCCCCGGUGUGACCGUGAGAGGGACUCGCCCGCCGCUGGCCUACGGGACUGCACCAAUGGGGAGGCACCCCCAGGGGGCAGCAAAGAUAACCCGGAAAUGCAGCGAUCAAGUAUUCCACUGCAACCCCUGGAAACCAUUGCUGAGGAAUCUGAGGAGAGACACACACGUCAUUCCACAUCCAUUUCCAGUCCAGCCAGCACAUUGUCGCUCAGCUCUAUACCAGUGUCCUUCCCAUCUGCAGCAGCUUCAUUCCGGGCAACAGCGGGGAGAGCGGCGGACGAAGUCGGACGACGUCAUCCCAUGGAAAGGACAUUCUCACUCCACGCAGAACCUGCCAGUGCCCAAAGCAGCAUAGGCAGAGCCCAAGGCACAAAGACUGUUAACGGUGACUGUGAAGACCCUACAUUUACAUCCAUUGAUAGUCCUUGUCACUUGGACCAUGCGUGUCAGCAUAAGGGUAACUGUGAAAGAAGCACAAGCACAGGUCAGGGUGAUUAUGUGUCCCUGACAAGCGAGGAGGUAGAUCAGACUCUUACUGUGGAGUGUUCCCCGGGUCAUCCUGGUGCCCGGGCACCAGCCAAGAGGGCCUUAUUCAGCAAUGGUCCGACUUUGGGCUCAAAAGGAGGGCAGAGCUGCCCCAUCAGGAGGGCCAAAAGUGAAGGGCACGUUAAGUCAGAACAUUGGGAAGCGGUGUCCUCGCCGGUACCUGAGGUCUGCACCGACGCUACCAUGAACGACCGGCUCUGGAGCAAGCUGGACCUGGGAGCCCACCGGGACAGCGUGUCGUCAUCAUCCAGCAUCUCCUCCAGCGACACUGUCAUCGACUUGUCCCUGCCCAACUUGGCCAGGAAGGGCCUGGCCAGCCUUGGUGGGGCAGAGGAUGAGCAUGAGGAGGUUUUCACGGUCAGCAGGGCUGACUGCCUACCCUCUGCUGCCAGGACAGGGUAUAGCACCUUGCUGGUCAGCAAGAGCAAGUCCAAUCCAAACCUGAGGGCCGACGAUCCCAGCGAGAUCGAGGAUGAGCUGCAACCUCGGCCACUGGGGAGGGAGCCGGGGGCGUCUGGCCGGCUCAUGCAGAGGCGGCACACGUGGAGCCGACUCUACAUGGAGGGCCUCAAGCAGUCGUCGGCUCUGGCCAAGAAAGCCUCCACGCCGGCACCCUCCGAGAAGGAUAUGGACAGCAGCUCCAAGUCCAAGAGCCUGGGUGACCUUACAUCUGACGACAUCGCCUGCAAUUUUGACAGCAAGUACCGGAGCAUCAGUCGCAGCUUUGUGGUCCGGUCUACCAGGAGCCCCCGGAAGCCCAUUGGGAAGGCUGGGAACGAGCUAGAGGAGCAGCUCAGGAAGCUGACUGACGUGGAGCCGCUGACAGCCAGCGACUUCACUCAGCCACUGGACCAGGGGGCAGAGGUGCCACCUCUCCGGCGCAUGUCAUCGCGGAGCCAGAGCCGCGUGCGCUACAUCGCCAACCGGGCCAAGCAGGCGCAGGAACGGCAGCGGCUCCAGGAGCUGGCCCAGCAGGGCGGCAGCCCCAUCGAGGAGCGGGGAAACCCGGAAGGGGCUUGCACUGUGGCCAGGAGCCCUUGCAUUGGCCUAGACCUCCUGAGUCAGCUUCCCUUGAUGCCUCCAGGGCAGGGCCCCCAAGAGAUGGACCCCGAGGUUGUCUUUAUGCUCAAACUCUAAGAACCAAAAAUGAAUAAAUGAAACCGGCACAAAAAUAAUCCAACUGAUCCAGUCAUGAAGAGAUUCCAUGCUUUAAGUUCAUUUAUCAUUUCCAAACCAGGGAAUACUGUAAACUUUUAAUUUAUCUCAACAGUUGCAUUGAGUGAUUUUGGGCAAGUCCUUCAGUGGUCUAUAGAUGAUCAUCUCACCAAGUUUCUUAAAGACCAUGGAAUUAUGACUGAUUUAAAUGCAAAUUACAUUGAAUUUAAAAUGUGGAGAUUCUGGGCACUAUUACUAAUUUUAAGUAAAUAAUACCGUUAUUUUUUAUAAUGUCCAAUUUGCUGGCUGGUCAUAUAAGAGUUAAAACCAUGCAUUGUACAUAUUUACAUACCCCACAGCAUGAUAAACAAUGCCAGAAAUAAGUGUUUUCAUAAAUUGGCUACAAAUCUACAUUGUUAAGCAGACUGUUUAUAUUCAGUUAAGAUGUGUAAAGUCACGAUACGUUUAACUCACAGUAACCUCAGUAUCUGAACUGUCGAUAGUCCACACAAUCCAAAUGUAGCAAGACUUGUCAUCUGACUUUGUUUCAUGUCCAGUUUAAUUCUCAGACCCUUUGGACAACUUUGUAUCUCUUCUUGUUUUCUUUUUUAUAAACAAAAGAUGUACUAAUAUGUCUUUAUAUGUAAUAGUUCAGCUACACAUUAGCAAUAUUUUAACAUUAAAAUAUGACAGUAUUGGAGGAAAUGCUGUCUGGAAGGCUGAAUCUAUGAACACAUACUGUACUGUGGCUCAUUUUGUACAAGACCAAGACAUUAAAAAAACUGAAUGUUGUCGGGAAAAAAAAAGAUUUUAAUUUGAAUGAUUUUUAAAAAUCCUAUGCAUAUGUAAUGUUUUCCUCGUGUAGCAGUUCACCUUUGGGCUGUUAUGUGAAUGACAUGCAAGCUUUGGGGAAAUGCCGGUUUUUAUGUUACACGGCAUGUUCUCUCAUAUUGUGGCUUGGUGUUGGCGUACAGAAUAGCACAGGGUCUAUCACCGCUACUGUAUCCAUCUCAAAUCGUCCAUCCUCAUCUUCUGCAUGUCCCAAGGGCCAGUACUUGUUGCCAUUUUAAUUUAAGAGAAGACGUUUCACGUACCCCCUCCCCUGCCCCCCCCCCCCAGGAUGAGAUACACCAGCGUCCUCACCGCCUGUAUGUGAGUCGCAGCCUUGCCGUAACCAUCUUGGGCGACUAUCGCAUUGCUGUCAUCUUUAAAUGAGGUCGUGUCGCUUUCAAAUGCAUUAAUGCUUUUAAUUUUAAUUAGGAAACACCUUCCACAAUUAAUACUGUACCCAGUUUCCUUCGUCCCUGAAACACAGCAGGGAGUAACGGAUCCUUUUUGGGAAAUAGUACUUCUGAUAAACGCUUGACUCCCUUCUUUAUGCUAAGGUUUGAAUGUUAAAAUAGAGUUUAGAUAUGGAAAUAGGCCUCGGACUUGAAAGCAAAAUCAUUUGGACAAUGUGUGUGUUUGGAAGCGAUGUGGACUCCCGCCGAAAGGAAGCGGCACUUAACACUGGCAUGAAAUGGCUGUGAAGCAGAAUGGGAUUUAUUUGCACUGCCAUGCUGGUUUGUUUUCCUGUGUAAAGAUGUAGGGGUAUUUAAAUUGUAAGAGUGUAUUAUUAGCAUACACUCAAGCACACUUGCUUUUUUUUUUUUAUAUGAUUUCACGUUCUGUCUUGUGUUUUCAGUGUCAAUUAAUAUAGGUGUAAGUUUUAUUAAUUAAAAAGAAUCUAAAACAUGACAUGCAAAAAAUAAUAAAUCUUUGUCAACCUAUGUAAAUGAACAUGAACUGAAUAAAAAGUGUUUAAUCUGC